AUGUCGCUCUGGGUCGAUAAGUAUCGGCCAAAAUCAUUGGACGCGCUUUCGCACACUUCCAGGCUAACACAUCUCUUGCAAUCGCUUGCGGUGGAACCAAGAGAUCUUCCUCAUCUUCUGUUUUAUGGUCCCAACGGCGCCGGGAAGAAAACGCGAUGCAUGUCGCUGCUACAGUCAAUUUUUGGGAACGGGGUGUACAAACUCAAAAUUGAUGUGCGGCAGUUUACUACGCCGUCGAAUCGUAAACUGGAGCUAAACGUGGUGUCCAGUCCCUUCCAUUUAGAACUGACGCCAAGCGAUAUGGGCAACAACGACCGUGUAGUGAUUCAAGAACUACUUAAGGAAGUAGCCCAAAUGGAACAGGUGGACUUUCAGUCCAGUUCCGCUUCCGAAACCGGCGGUCUGGCUCAUAGAUACAAGUGCGUUAUCAUCAAUGAGGCUGACUCCCUCACACGCGACGCACAAGCAGCACUCAGAAGAACAAUGGAAAAAUACUCGCAAAACAUACGUUUUAUCAUGCUGUGCGAGUCUAUGUCGUCCAUGAUCGCCCCCAUAAAAUCACGUUGCCUGCUUGUGAGGACCCCAGCACCGGACUCGCAAGAAACGGUCGACAUCCUGGCCAAAGUGGCCAAAGACGAGCGUGUGUCGAUCGAGGACGAGGCGAUCUUGAGAACAAUAACCGAAAACUGCGACGGGAAUCUGAGGAAAGCGCUCUUGACCCUUGAGUCCAUGGCACUGAACAACGAAAUGAACCUCAAGGCUACUUCACCACUCAUCAGACCAGAUUGGAUGGUCGUCAUUUUGAAAAUGGCCAAUCGCAUAAUCAAAGACAGGUCAGUGUCUCAAAUCGUCGAAUGCCGCUCCACUCUUUACGAUCUUCUGGCACACUGCAUUCCGGCCAAAGUGAUUAUACAGGAGCUCACAUUUGCCCUCAUGAAGGAGGCCCACAAAGACGAGCACAGACUAGGUGUGAUAUCAUGGGCAAGUGUCUUCGACGAGAGGCUCUGUCUAGGAAAUAAACCCAUUUACCAUCUCGAAGGUUUCAUUGCUAGAGUGAUGUGCGAACUAGACAAUUAG